AUGUCCCUCCGUCUUCCAAAGGAUGAGCUCGAGGCGCACAUCUACCUCUACUUGAAGGACUCCAGGUACACGAGCGCCGCGCAGGCGCUGGAGGAGGCCAACCCGAAAGCUGUCACGCACUCCCGCAAGAUCGGCACUUCCGCCCUCACCGCCGCCUCGAAGGAGCUGGUGGCUACUGCAGACUCUGACAGCGACGACGACGAGCCUGUGCGCAAGCCGGUGACCAAGAAGGCGUCGCCAAAGAUGGCUCCCAAGAAGGCCCCCAUUGCAGACUCUGACAGCGACGACGACGAGCCGGUGCGCAAGCCGGUGACCAAGAAGGCGUCGCCAAAGAUGGCCCCCAAGAAGGCCCCCAUUGCAGACUCUGACAGCGACGACGACGUUCCCGUGCGCAAGCCGGUGCCAGCCAAAAAGCCUGUGGCGGACUCGAGCUCUGAGGACGAGGAGGCUCCGAAGAAGCCAGCGGCGAAGCGCCCCUCUCCGAAACCUUCGCCAAAGAUGGCCCCCAAGAAGACCCCCAUUGCAGACUCUGACAGCGACGACGACGAGCCGGUGCGCAAGCCGGUGGCCAAGAAGGCGUCGCCAAAGAUGGCCCCCAAGAAGGCCCCCAUUGCAGACUCUGACAGCGACGACGACGUUCCCGUGCGCAAGCCGGUGCCAGCCAAAAAGCCUGUGGCGGACUCGAGCUCUGAGGACGAGGAGGCUCCGAAGAAGCCAGCGGCGAAGCGCCCCUCUCCGAAACCUUCGCCAAAGAUGGCCCCCAAGAAGACCCCCAUUGCAGACUCUGACAGCGACGACGACGAGCCGGUGCGCAAGCCGGUGGCCAAGAAGGCGUCGCCAAAGAUGGCCCCCAAGAAGGCCCCCAUUGCAGACUCUGACAGCGACGACGACGUUCCCGUGCGCAAGCCGGUGCCAGCCAAAAAGCCUGUGGCGGACUCGAGCUCUGAGGACGAGGAGGCGCCGAAGAAGCCAGCGGCGAAGCGCCCCUCUCCGAAACCUUCGCCAAAGAUGGCCCCCAAGAAGACCCCCAUUGCAGACUCUGACAGCGACGACGACGAGCCUGUGCGCAAGCCGGUGACCAAGAAGGCGUCGCCAAAGAUGGCCCCCGCGAAGCCUGCCAUGGGUACUGACAGCUCCGACGAUGAGGAACAGAAACCCGUGCAGAAGCGUCACAUGGCGGAGGAAGACGACGAGGAGGACCAGCCCAUGCGUCAGGUCAGCCGCACCGAAGCCCAGUCGAGCAAUGGAAGCUACGGCGGCCGCGGUGGUCGCGGUGGUGACCGCGGCGGCUUCCGUGGUGGUGACCGCGGCGGCUUCCGUGGUGGUGACCGUGGCGGCUUCCGUGGUGGUGAUCGCGGCGGCUUCCGUGGUGGUGACCGUGGCGGCUUCCGUGGUGGUGACCGUGGCGGCUUCCGUGGUGGUGACCGUGGCGGCUUCCGUGGUGGUGACCGUGGCGGCUUCCGUGGUGGUGAUCGCGGCGGCUUCCGUGGUGGUGACCGCGGCGGCUUCCGUGGUGGCGAUCGCGGAGGUUUCCGUGGCGGUCGAGGCGGUGACCGCGGGGGCUUCCGUGGUGGUCGUGGUGGCGCCCCGCAGGUUGGUCUCAGCACUCCUUCGCUCAACACGAGAAACCAGAGUGUCAAGCUCGGCAGCGACAGUGACUAG